CAAGUUCAGAAUCUCAGAAGUCUACAACAAGUCUGUGUUAAAGCUCGUGGAAGGGACAGAUUGUAACCAGUGUCAUGUCGGCGGCGAUGGAUAAGGCGUUAAUGGCGAUGUCGCUUGAGGAAGAGGAUGAACCGUUUGAUCUCCCUGAUCUACCGGACUACUGCUCUCACGACACAAACAAGCUUAGUUUGAUUGGUCGGAUUCUUAACCCGAUGUACCAGAAAAUGUCGAGUCUCAUUCUCGAUAUGCCGCGCAAGUGGCAAAAGUUAGGGAAAGUCAGGGGGAUAGCUCUGUCAAAGGAGAGAUUCCAGUUCAUAUUUGACCAUAAACACGAUCUUCUGGAUGUCCAGGAAAAAGGAGUUCAUUCUUACAAAGAGUGGACCAUUGUGGUGGAAAGAUGGACAGAAUUUCCGGGUCCGGAGUUCCUUCAGUUCAUCCCUAUCUGGGUUCAGGUCAGUAACAUCCCAACCAACCACUACACCAAGAAAGCGAUAUGGGCGUUGGGAGAUUUGGCAGCACCUGUAACUGAAGUCGCUUUUGAUCCUCUCAAACCACAGAACAGAGAGUUUGUAAGGGUUAAAGUGAGAUUUGAUGUUUCAAAGCCUCUGAAAAAAGAGAAAGUGAUAAAUUUGCUAAGAGGAGGCACGACAAAAAUCUUCUUUCACUAUGAGAGAAUCCAGAAGCGCUGUUACACGUGCCAAAGAUUAUCUCAUGAUAAGGAUCAUUGUCCAAUUGAAGUUAUGAAGAGACAGGCUAUGAGUGAUGCAAGAAGGGCAGGCAACUCUAUUCCUAAACCAAGACCUACUAGGUUGAUCAAGGAGACGGACCCUCUCUAUGGGGUCUUGGAGGAAAGUCAAGUAGGUAUUAACCCCAACUCAGGAAGACCGAAGAUUGCUGCAGAAGUCUUAGAAGGUAUGAGGCAAUACUUGCUUGCGGCUGAAGGGGAGGAAAGAAGAGCAAGAGAGGAAAGAGUCAGAAGAUCUGUUGGGGAGGCUGAGAAGGACUUAUUCACCCAAAAGGUCGCUCUAAGCCUGGAACCAAUCCCUACCAUUACUAAGGAUCUCGAUAAAGGGAAAGGUCAUAUCUUUGGUUAUGAUGCUACAGCUGUUGUGGUGCCACCAAGUGAUAAGAGCCCGCAGGGAUCAAAACUCAUGGCGUCUGCCAUUCCUGCGGGAACAAUUGUGGUGAGACUGGAGAAACCAGUAUGGGAGAGGUUGGGAGCCAGAUCAAGUGAAGCCACACUAUCAUAUGCUUCAUCUAAGGAGGAUUCAACAGGAUUCUCUCAAGGCUUUUAUGAAGCUGGGAGUUCCGGAAUCAAUCCAAAGAAGAAGUAUAUAAGGAAAAGGCCAGGGAAGAGUAAGCGAAAACAAAAGAGGGGUGGAGAUACAUGA